CUUUUACACAGAAGAUGAUCAGCAGAAGUGAGUCUUACUCUCCUGGACAGGAAGAUAUGACUGGGCUGACAAGCUUACUGAAAGAAUGGAUUUAUCCAAAUCAUUACCUAGGGGAUUUCGGAGACUGUGCACCAUCUCUCUUGUGGGCGUUGACACCAUUCAUAAUCCUGUUUUCACCAACUUUAAUUAUGCUUGGCUUUAUUUAUCUUUCUAUUCUUCUCCUUCAUAUUUACAAGAGAAAGAAUAAUUUAAAGGGAGAUUAUCUCAGUACAUCAUGGAACAAUGGAAGGAGGGCAGUGUCUUCUCUUUGGGACAUGUAUGGCAUAGUGUGGCACGGUUAUGAAGUGCGUGGGAUGGAUAAAGUACCAAAAGGACCAGGUCUUGUUGUACUCUACCAUGGAGCAUUUCCUCUAGACUAUUUCUACUUUUUAUCUAGACUCUACUUACAGACUGGAAGACUCUGCCACACAGUAGUUGAUUACAAUUUUUCAAAAAUCCCAGGUAUAAAGCUGUUUUUUAAUGUACAAGGUCUAACACAAGAUGGAAGAGUACAAUGUGCUGAAAUUCUGAAGAAAGGGUACUUACUAGGCGUCUUACCUGGUGGCGUCCGAGAAGCACUGUUUAGUGAUGAGAAGUACAGCCUCUUGUGGGGCAACCGUACAGGUUUUGCUCACGUGGCCAUAGAUGCAAAAGUGCCCAUCAUCCCUGUUUUUACCACAAAUCUUCGGGAAGGAUACAGGACGCUUGGAAAAAUAUGGCCAUUAAAGUGGCUAUAUGAGCGUACCCGGUGGCCAGUUGUCCCUGUAUAUGGAGGGUUUCCAGUCAAACUUUGCACAUAUGUAGGUGAUCCCAUUCCUUAUGAUCCACAUAUAACAGCUGAAGAACUAACUGAAAAGACAAAGACUGCAAUAAAAAAUCUCAGAGAUAAGCACCAAAAAAUACCAGGUAGCAUAGCAAAAGCUUUGCUGGAGCGCUUUUAUAAACAUCCAAAACACGAUUAGUGAAAACACUUGUUUGGAAAUAAUA